AUGUCGAUCUUCGCCUGGAAGCCAACACAAUCUAGCAUAGUGAACUUUUCAGUUUGGGGCAUGAUGAACGAGCACCAAGGAAAGGAUAAGGUGGUGGUGGUAUUGGGUGCCGCUGGCACUGGCAAAUCGCGCCUGGCGAUAAACCUAACCACCCGUUUUGGGGCAGAGGUCAUCAACUCGGACAAAAUUCAGGUCUACAAGGGCCUUGACAUAGUAACCAAUAAGGUGAGCAAUGAGGAAUGCCACGGCGUGCCGCACCAUUUGCUCGAAAUCAUUGAUCCCGAGAUGUAUUACACUGUACAUGAUUUUGUGCAUCAUGCAUUGCUGGCUGCUGAUGCCAUCGUACAAAAGAAUCGAUUGCCAAUCAUUGCUAGAGGGUCCAAUUCCUUCAUACAGGCGUGCCAUUGGGGUCCCCGAGAUGGAUGGUUCUUUAGGAGUGAGGGUUUUGUCGAUGGUGAAACUAGGGCUAAGGUUCUUAAGGCAGCUAUUGAUGAAAUUAAGAUGAACACUUGCAAAUUAGCUUGCUGUCAAGUUGAAAAGAUUUUGAGGAUGAGCGAGGAAUUCGGGUGGCAAAUCCAUCGGUCGAACGCCAUAGAGGAUCUUGCAAGAUAUAGAAAGGAUUUUCGACCACUCUUGAAAGAAACGGAGAGCUCAAAGUGGAAAUGGGAAGAAAUCCACACAAAAAGGGUUGCUGAGCUAAAACAGGUUUGCAGUAACCUGGCAAAGCUUGCCAUACUGCAGGACGAGGAUGAAUUGGUAGUCUAUACAGAUGCCGAUGAUUACAUAUGUGCAGCAGUGCUCAAGGCCGAAACUUACGAGACAGCCUUGGAAAGCAUCUAUCUGGAAGGCUUUCAUCCCACCGAAGUACUCGUUUAUUAUGUGGCUUCGCUUGCGCAGCAGAUUAGCUACAAGGGACAGACUCAGGUUCCUCCAUGA